AUGAGCGAGGGCGACCAAGCCGGGCAUCUUGCCCAGUUCGUCCUGAACAACCUGCAGUAUCAGCAAGACUGGAAGGACCUCAAGAUACACACUCAUUCGACCAGCGACGGCUCACGCCUCCCGCAACCGCUGAUCUCUGGACUGCCGCCGCGCCGCCUGUACCUGCACCCUGAUGACCAGAUCGCACUGCUCAAGACACACAACAAGGCCGACGAGCCUUUACCAGACGUGCCUGAGGUUGAGUGGGUUCUGGCAACGCACAUCACCGACAAGUGGACACUGAGGUCAUUCGCCAACGUGUUUGAUGCCAUGCCAGCCUCCGAGAAGCAUUCCGAAAGCCGCCCCAAGAGACUCCUGCUGUGCAUAGUACACGACGACUCAACUAUUGUCUUCUAUCUUAUGCACGAUGGUAUCGUGAAGCCACGGCAAAACUAA